AUGAUCUACAACGACCGAUUGCCGCCGCCAGCUAAUUGGCCACCAUUAGUUCGUUAUCCAAGUUAUCGUCCUGAUCGAGAUCGACGAUUGAGCAUUCUUUGGUUUCUUGCUCUGUCCAUCGUAUCACUCAGUUUAAGUGUAAUUGCAUUGAUCAUUGUUUUUGCUGUUGAAAGUGCGUGGUUCCGAGACAGUUUUGGACAGAAUCAAAAUCGAUAUGGCCUUUGGCGUUUAUGCUCGUUUAAUAAUAAUACAUGCGAUAGUUGGUUUUCUUCUAGUGGAUCAUAUAGUGUUUACAUUGAGCAACGUCGUAAUCAGUCGAAAAAUGGUAUAAAUGCAUGGCAAGCCCUUGAAAUCAUAUUUCUGUUUCUUACAACAGCAACAUUAAUUACUACUAUAGCUUCGUUUGUUUGUUAUCGAUGUCGGAACAAUUUUCAUUAUUAUUUGGCUUUGUUAGCAAUCUUUUGUAUUUGGCUUGCAGCGAGUAUUGGCAUUUCAUCAUUAUUUGUGUUUGGAUUUGCUGUAUUUAAUGUUGCAACCACACCGCGUGAUCUCGAUUGGUGCUUUUAUCUCAAUCUGGUUGCUGUUAUACUUGAAAUUUUGGCCGCUAUACUUUUAUCUAUUUAUGUUGCACUCUUAAAAAAGCCAAUCAAGCAUAACGAAGAUGAUACUGUUGUUGAAACAUUUGCUGAUUUUAAUGGUUAUCCAGCAACAUUCAGUCCGUCGACAUUUGUUAUUGUCAGACGAAAUCAAAAAAAGAGAAAUAAACCAUAUAACUAUUCGCAAGUACUUUAUCCGAAUCAUUACUUCCCAACGACAACUAACGGCCUAAUGAUUAAUGACCUUUAUAACACUGAUUAUACGGUCAAUCCAAAUCAUCAAUCGCUUACACGUUAUACAUCUAUUGCAACUGUAAAUGAAACUACUAACACUAGUCAACAACAGACAUUACCACCUCUUCAACCUUAUGAACGCACUCGCUCUAAUAUGAUACUUUCCCCAUCACCGACAAACGUCCUACCACCAAUGCCAGAGAUAUCACGCAGAACAGAACCUUUUGAAGUAUUACCAUCACCUUAUCGAUAUCAAUCACCUCCAUCGCCACCGAAUUGGCAUCGGACAGGAAUCAAUAUUACUAAUCGAUCCAUUGGCUAUGCUUCUGAACCUACGACUGAUUACAUGCAACGAGAUUACUAUCCACCUCGAUCUAAUACAACUGAACGCAGAUUCGGAAAGAAUAAUGAACCACGCCUAUUACAUUAUUACACAGGCUAUGAUUAUUUUGCUACUCUUGAUCCAUCAGAUCUUGCAAUAACAAGACAUCAUCCAGCAACUACAACAACAUCACUCGGUGGUCCAAUAAGAUAUGGUGAUAAUCCAUCUUAUCAUCCUCCAAGUGACUAUAUAAAGAGUAUAUUGUAA